AUGGCAUCGAAAACGGCCUUUACAAGUUCAAUGUCAUCAUCAGAUGUACGUCGACAUCAUCACCAUCAUCAAUCCCAAAUAUCUAACAUAUCACAUUCACUUAGUCAAAGUUUUUCUCUCGGCGACGCCUCAAAUCUUACUGAAUCUUUUAUUCUAUCAACAGUGCCAACUAAUCCAUUGAUAACGAUCGUGUAUACAAAUUCAUCAUUAUUACAAGUCGAUAUGGAAUCAUCAAGACGUAAUUCAACAGUUAGCUCUGUUGGUGGCAUACGAACAGCAGACGCAAGAAAGCAAAUUAUCUCAGGACCUUGUACAUUCAUUCGGAUCGUACAUAGUGAAAAUCAACAAUUACUUCUCAAUAGUUUUGCAUCUUGUCGUCGUCUGCUUGAUCAUAUGAAAGUCGUUGUUGGCAUGAGCCAAGAUGAAACACUCGAUCUCAUGGAUAAUGAAGGAAAGUUAAAAGAACUCAGUAUGCAUUUUGAUGAUUAUGCUACACAAUUUCUUACUGCAAGAAGUACUUAUUACGUGCUAAAAAUUGAAGUCGAUAUUGCAAGUGGAGAAAAGCGUUAUAUGCCUAGCUUUAAUCUCGAUCAAAUUGAUCAAAAAUUGGGAACAAUAUUAACAAAUUCAUUAAAUACUUUGAAUAAAUCUGUUAAAAAUCCAAAACGUAUUGCUGGACCAUCACGACAGAAUACAAGUGUUCCAGCAUCAUCUAAUACACCUCAAGCGAAAGCUAAACGAGCGUCAAAUCGUAAACAGAACUAG